CCUCUCUAAACCCCGGAGUUCAACGUCUCCUAUCUUGCCACGCACUCGUUCCUAGUUGAAUUGAGAGAGCUGUGUGAGGUUGUCUACUUUCAUAUCGUAUCUCCACUAAGACGGACGUCGAAGGCGAGCAAACGAUGCCUACGAAAAGAGUCCGUCAGAGCGAGCGGCGUAGAUGCGUCAAGGCUUGCGGCAAUUGCAAGCGGCGCAAGGAACGCUGCGAUGGUCAACAACCCUGUCGGAGGUGCGUUAUCCGCAGAGUCGAAGCCGACUGCACCUUCAUCGGCCCGCCGACGAACUUUGCCGCUACCGAGGACUCGUCAUCCGUGAGAAGUCCUGAUCGCCAGCAGGUUCAUGUUUCUCUUCCUCCUCACCGAGGGAGCCCUUCCGGUCACGGUCAGGAUCUCUUCAGUUCUUAUGGGCCAACCGCCUCCUUUCACGAAGCCGUCAUUUCACCGAGUCAUCAUCCUCAUCACCGGCGCGCGUCGUCGUCAAUCAGCCACCUCUCACAGAGCACUGCGGUACCACAGGUAUCGCGACUCAUCGCAGAUGGCAAGGGCCGCUUCAUGUUCAUUGGCGAUGCCGCCAAUCUGGCCUUCUUGAAAGUGAUACGUCGGCUGGUACGCGACCGCGUCGGCCUGUGUCCCUUUACUGAUGACCCCCUGCGCCAUAUCAUGGUCGAGGCGACUCCUGAAGGUCGCCCGAAAUGGAUAAUCACGAACCCCGCCGAUAUCCCCUCCAAACCCAGCACUGAGCAAGCAAGAUAUCUGCUGCGGUGGUACCUCCGUGCAACAAACUGUAUUCUCGACGUGUUUAAUGAGACUGAGAUACUCAAGGACCUCGAACACUGGCUGCGUGGCGAGCCGACGAGUCAAGAUGAAGAGGCCAUGAACUGCAUCUUCUUUCUGAUAUUCGGCAUCGGAGCACAGCGAUGUCCGGAUGAUCGGGAUGCCGAUGCCGAGAAAUAUUUCAACUACGGUCGAUUCCUAGCAGUGUCGUAUGCUAUGGAGAACCCAACGAACAACACUGUGCGCAGUUAUAUACUCAUCACCGUCUACCUCCUCGGCGCAUCGCGGCGCAACUCAGCCUUUAUGCACCUGGGCGUCGCUGUCCGGGCUGCCUAUGCGCUGGGAAUUCACCGGCGAGACGUCCCAGCCCUAUUCUCGACACAAGAGCAAGACACCCGGGAUCGAUUGUGGAAGGCCCUCCGGGUUCUAGACCUGUUCCUGGCUGCCUCCCUAGGUCGACCAUUGGCGACAUCCGAGACCCGAGACACAUCAGCGAGCGAGAACUACUCUGCUUCACUAGACCUCUGCGCCAUCUUCGAGUCAAUCCUGAACGAUGUCUACGCCAAGCGCAUGGUAUCUACAGAAACGCUGGAGCGUAUCAGCGAACAGCACCGUCGAUGGGCCGCGAGGUUCAGUGACGGUCUCGCAGCUGACGGAAUGAAACCCAGCAAGUAUGUUGACGCUGAUGAUGGUGAGAAAUAUCCAAAUAUUGGACUCUAUCAUAUGAAAGAAGCAUACUACUGGAGCAUCAUGCUAUUAUCGCGGCCUUUCCUCAUCGACUUUGUUUCGAGAAACAUUGCCCGCUCUCGGGCGACAUCGAUGUGGUCCGAAGAAACGCCUUUAUCAUCGCCAUCUGACCAACUCUUGGUCCAUGCUUGCGUGGACUCUGCGAUACGGACAAUCGACCUUCUAUCAACUCUAAUACCGGACAAAAACGUUGCCAAACGACACCCCUUUGUCAUCAACUCCGUAUUCGUCUCCGCCUUAGUCCUUGGUCUUGCCGUAUUUGGCGACCUGGACAGCACAUUUCCGUUAGAUCACGGCUUAAACGACGCGCAAGCGCUGUUGAAGAAGUUCAGCAAGCAUGAUCCUGUUGCCAGCAGAGAGCUCGCCAUCGUCGAACAUCUCCAGAGUGCUUGUGUCCUGUACCGAGAGCGGAGGGCGCGUCGGAAGAUGGAGUGCCAGGGUAUGCUGAUAGGCGAGCUCUUCGGAAGCGUCCACGAAGGCGGACCACUGUCAACGGAAGCAUCUAAGCUCGGCUCAAAUGCCAUGCACCGAGAUAUUCGCUAUUUUGGCAACCAUCGACAUUUGAGUACAUCAGAAGCCGGGGAGAUCAACAGCCUCGACCAGAGCGUCUCACUGACGACGGGGAGCACUGAUGGGCCGCAGAUAUUGGGUAGCGAGGCUGGUCGAGGAACAAACGUGAUCCAGGCACUGACUCCGUCGACUGACAUUCUGCUCCCAAUGUCGCCGAGAACGCUAUUAUUUGAUUCUUAUGGGCAAGAUAUGCCUUUCUUCCCGACUAUGGAUGCGAGCAUGGCUCACUUGGGUUACACGGAUGAGAUGUUGCUUGCUGAUACAGGGGCAUUAAUGGAACCACCGUGUUAGUCACGGAGGAAUAGCACGUGUCUGGAAGUAGACUUCUACGAAUUAUUAGCGACUGAAUGACCAAGAAUACCAAGCGAUGAACCACAAAGAUCUGUCUACUAUCAUAAGGAUGGGAUGUGCCUGUAAUGAUGGAUUACCCGAGCUAUAUCGCUCAAGCAGUAUCAAACAUCAAACCCAACGGGCAUGAAACACAACCAUACAGCGCUCGUGAAAACGGAACUUAAUGGGUAACAAUGCUUGUUUAAAUUGAUUAGAUCAAGAUCC